AUGCCGCUCAGACGGUCGGCACGCAAUGUACAAAUUACGAUGGGGUCACUACGAGCGACCAAGGAGGUUCUGUGGAGCAGCGUGACAGACAUCAAUUAUGUCGAGAGCACGAACAACGUCCCCAAAGGGUACUCCUUUGUCGGCCUGACCCAGAAUCUCGAGACAAAACUGUCCGCUAUUGACUCAAUCCCCGCAGUCUACAACUGGACGCGUACCAAUACCAAUUAUUUUAAGGGAAACGUUUGCUUCGAUUUUAUGACCAAUGACAUCAAAGGUGACUCGACUUCAUCUUCGUCACGCGAGCUCAUGCUGUGGCUGCAGUAUGAGGGCGGCCAGCUGCCCAUCGGCUGGACCAAUGGACCGGCUGCCACCAUUGACAACCUCUUCGGGACCUCGUGGACGCUAUACGAGGAUAUCAACACCGACACCGGGAUAACGGUCAGCAGCCUGAUGCCUACCAAACAGUUUGAGGGCUCUUUCUCUGGCGAUCUCAAGGACUGGCUACUCGCCAUGGCCAAUCUGGGCAGGUUUACCGAGUCGACAUAUGUGAAUGUUGGCAAUGCUGGGACGGAGUUCUUCUACGGAAAUUCCGUGAUGAACGCGACCCUCGGCUUGCAGAUCAACGUUGCGUGA